CCUCCUCCCGGACACACUGCUCAUCCACUCACACGCCUGUAUUUUUCCCGCGGCUACUUUAAACACACCGGCGAAUUCAUCCCAUUCUGGAUAUGACCAUGAGGCUGCUCUGGUUGUCUGCAGUCGUCGCAGUGUAUUUCGCUUUGUGUAUCGCUGACGCAGGAGCGGCUUCUCGGAACUCCAUCAAGAACCUGCAGCCUGGAGCAGCGGGAAGUCCUGCCGAGCCGGUGAGCGCGAGCCCGCACGUGCCAAAGACAGAGCCGGGACCCGGAGCGCGCGCAGCGUCUCUUUCCUGCGCCGGCGCGUCAACGUGCGGUGUUUCUGAGUUCUGUUCUCGCGGGAUUUGUCAGCCGUGCCGCAAACGCAGGAAGAGAUGCGCUCGAGACGCGAUGUGCUGCGCUGGAAACCGAUGCAUUAACGGUGUUUGCCAAGCAGGUGAAGUGAACGCCACUCAGGCUGUCAACACUACUGUUAGCACCAAGCAGACUACCGAGGUUCAGGGCAGUCCUACAAGUGCGUUUGGUAACCAAAACAGGACAGUUGUGCCACAGCAGACUAAGAAGAUACCUGUUAUCUCUUCAAAACCUCCUGAAGUACCCAAAGGUGGUGAAGGGGACACGUGCCUGAGGUCCUCAGAUUGCUCCAAGGGUUUGUGCUGUGCCCGCCACUUCUGGUCACGGAUCUGUAAGCCAGUUUUGACUGAGGGCCAGGUGUGCACACGUCACCACCGUAAAGACACUCACAGCCUGGAAAUCUUCCAGCGCUGUGACUGCGGUCAGGGCUUGGUGUGCCGAGCCCAGAAAGACAAGGGUUCAGAAAAUCAGCAACAGAAUAUACAACAGGAGCAACAGCAGCAAAAGCAACAGCCUCGCAAAAAUAACAAUAACAACAAAACUCCCAGAAACCUUCACACAUGCCAGCCACACUAAGGCAGCAGGACUGAUUUAGGACAGCUGACUUUUAUUGUGCCUACUCUCACAAAUAUGCAUAUUCACACACAUUCACAUUCUUUCAAUAUCUCAUGUGCUUGCAUGGACACUCGCAGAAGGGAUACAGGAAAACUGACCCCCUGGAAGGAUGAUUCAUUAAGAGGAUUGAUCAUAUUUUGCAGAUGGAUGCUGAAAAAGUACACAGUGUGGAAGACUGAAUGCCAGACUCUGCCCCUAAAGAGAGUUAUUUUUUUCUGUUUGUUAUUUAUCAGGGUCUUUUAGAAGGCAGAGGGAUGUUUCCCUUUGUAAGGGAACUGUAAAUAUGUCUUGCAGUAAAUUACUGUAAUGUAUGUGGCACUUAAUGGAGCUUAUCAAUUCUGUAAAAGUAUAUUGUGAGACCAGGUGCUGCAUGACACUAUGCUAAUAAUGUAAAUAUGCAAACGAUAUGAUUAUUUUGUUAUUUACAGCGUGAUAUAAAUGCCUUAUUUUUUAUUCUAAAAUUAAUUGUUAAGAUAUUGCUUUUAUUAAACUAUUACAGAUUGACCAGAGAUUGUCUAUGCAGUCUCACAAGUUCUUCCUAAGAGACUGAUUCUUUGGCUGUUUUCAAAGCCAACAAGAGCCUAUGUUUGAUUUUAUUUACUAUGCUGUCAUGAUGAAAAAGCAAGUUAACCCCUUUAAACUCCCUUAAACACUUACCAAUGUCUCCAGACUUACAUUGCUCACUUUUGUAACUACAUAUUUUUGAUGGUAAUGUUUAACAAUGACUUAAGAUGAGUAAUGCAAAAUAAUACUAAAGUAUACUGAAUAACAUGCUGAGAUUAAGGGGUUAAUGAUUAAAUAAAACAAAUGUUCCUACACAUUGCUAUAUGACUUGAAACAAGAUGUCUUGCAUUGUGUCCAGAUGUCAUAUAAGAAACAGAAACAUACAGUUCUUACCGUUUAACUG